AUGGUCUUUUUGCCAUUAACAUGUGCUGUGGUCAUCAUCAGCUGCGUUUAUGGAAGACCUCCAUUACCUCCUUUGCCAACGAAAGGUGAGCUUGCAGCAGCUACACUACACACACUGCACACUAUGCUGGGGCGCUACAGAAAUGAGACCUACUGCGUAACUGGAAGUAUCAAGCUGCACGUGUACGAGCCCACUUUAGUAGACAUGAAAAAGCUGACGCAUAACGUGAGAGCUGCAGUGGGAGAGAAUCUGACAUUAGAGUGUCCAUCUCUGCGUAACUUCAACAAGACGGACAGCAUGAUAAAGUGGUACAAGGACUCCAACACCACUGCACCUCCAGCAGGCAGAGCAGGGUCCUUCCAACAGCACGUAGGCAAACUGAUGAUCCCAGCUGUGAAGCGAACCCAUGCAGGCAUCUACACCUGCAAGCUCAGGGUGCGCAUUAACAACCAGCAGUACAAAGUCAGCAGAGUCUAUCUUCUCCAUGUGCAAGGCCCUGAUCCUGAGGUCACAACCAAAUCCACUGUGCCUAACAUCUCUGUGACCUCUGACCCUGGGUUAAUCAGCACCAGCACUGUCAACACUCCAAUAGUUCAGCCACCUGUGAUUGUUUCACCACUAAAUGGAACCGUUUUUGAAAGUCCACAUGGUUCAGGACUGAAACUGUUCUGUCAGGUGCUCACCGAAUGUCAAACAGCAGAUUCUACUGAGGUCACAUGGUUGGUAAACAGCCAGACAGUGGAGUCAUCGUACCUUGACAAGCGUGCUCUGCAGGGGGGAAGAAGGGUUACCAGGGUGUCCAAAGGCUGCCAGAUCGAGUUGAGGCUAAUUGUCGAACCAAUAACAGAAGAAGACGAGGAGUCAGAGUUAAAAUGUGUCACUCAAAACAAAGGAGGAAGACGAGAAGUUGUUGCACAGCUUCGACUAGAAGACCGAUACAGAGUCUGCAUCGCUGCAGCCACAGCACCAAUCCCUCUGUCGAUCUCCUGUUCCCUUCUCCCGUCACUCGUGAACAGAGAUGGGCAGUAA